ACGCACCGCCCUCCGCCCUUCCCGGAAAGUAGAUCCGGCCAGGCAGACAAAAGUUUGGAAGAGAAGUUCCUUUCGAGCGGAGUGUGAGAAGAGGGGGCGGGGGCCCGGUGCUCGGGCUGUAGGGCGAGUCGACGCGUGAACAGAUAGAGCUGCGGACAGGACAGCCCUUCCAGCCCCGCUUAGCCCCAAUGCGCAGGGGGACGCGGCCCCUCCCGCUGGGGGAUGCUGCGGGGUUCCCGGCGCCAGGCACCUGGGCCGCCCGCUAAGCCCGAGUGCCUGCCCUGUGCCCCUGGGGAAGCCGAGUCCCGCCGCCGAGGCGCUGCAGGGUGCCGGGCGGGGAGGGGGCUGGAGGGCCCGGGCCCGAGGGCAUGGAGCGGUUAGGGGAGAAAGCCAGUCGCCUGCUGGAGAAAUUAAGACUCUCGGACUCCGGCAGCGCCAAGUUCGGCCGCAGAAAGGGUGAAGCUAGCCGGUCUGGGUCUGAUGGGACCCCCGGGCCGGGCAAGGGGCGCCUGAGUGGGUUGGGGGGACCUAGGAAAUCAGGGCCCCGAGGAGCCACCGGGGGCUCUGAGGAUGAGCCGUUGGAGCCGGCCCGGGAGCAAGGGUCCCUGGACGCCGAGCGGAACCCGCGCGCCUCGUUUGAGGCGCAGCGCUACGAUGGUUCCUUUCCCGGGGGACAGCCGCCCACCCGGGCCUUGCCUCUACCUCAGUCACUACCCCCCGAUUUCCGGCUGGAGACCACGGCCCCGGCCCUAAGCCCCCGCUCCAGCUUCGCCAGUAGCUCAGCCAGCGACGCGAGCAAGCCGUCCAGCCCCCGCGGCAGCCUGCUGCUGGACGGCGCGGGGGCCGGCGGAGCUGGAGGAAGCCGGCCCUGCAGCAACCGCACCAGCGGCAUCAGCAUGGGCUACGACCAGCGCCACGGGAGCCCCUUGCCUGCGGGACCGUGCCUGUUUGGGCCACCCCUUACGGGGGCCCCAGGAGGCUAUUCCCCUGGAGGGGCCCCGUCCGCCUACCCAGAGCUCCACGCCGCCCUGGACCGACUGUGCGCUCACCGACCCGCCGGGUUCGGCUGCCAGGAAAGCCGCCACUCGUAUCCCCCGGCCCUGGGCAGCCCCGGUGCUCUGGUUGGGGCCGGAGGGGGUACGGCAGGGCCCUUGGAGAGGCGUGGGGCACAACCCGGACGACACUCGGUGACCGGCUACGGGGACUGCGCAGCCGGCGCCCGAUACCAGGAUGAGCUCUCUGCUUUGCUUCGCCUAACGGCGGGCGCCGGGAGCCGAGAGGUCGGCGCCCGCCGGGAACCCUCGGGGAUCGAGCCGUCGGGUCUGGAGGAGCCACCGAGUAUGUUCGUUCCGGAGGCCGCCCGGGCCCGGAUGCGGGAGCCGGAAGCCCGAGAGGACUACUUCGGCACCUGUAUCAAGUGCAACAAAGGCAUCUACGGGCAGAGCAAUGCCUGCCAGGCCCUGGACAGCCUCUACCACACCCAGUGCUUUGUCUGCUGUUCCUGCGGGCGAACUUUGCGCUGCAAGGCUUUCUACAGUGUCAACGGCUCAGUGUACUGUGAGGAGGAUUACCUGUUUUCAGGGUUUCAGGAGGCAGCUGAGAAAUGCUGUGUCUGUGGUCACUUGAUCUUGGAGAAGAUCCUACAGGCGAUGGGGAAGUCCUAUCACCCAGGCUGCUUCCGAUGCAUCGUUUGCAACAAGUGCCUGGAUGGCGUCCCCUUCACCGUGGAUUUCUCCAACCAGGUGUACUGUGUCACUGACUACCACAAAAACUACGCCCCGAAGUGUGCGGCCUGUGGCCAGCCCAUCCUCCCCUCGGAGGGCUGUGAGGACAUUGUGAGGGUGAUUUCCAUGGACCGUGAUUAUCACUUCGAGUGCUACCACUGUGAGGAUUGCCGAAUGCAGCUGAGUGAUGAGGAAGGCUGCUGCUGUUUCCCUCUGGAUGGGCACUUGCUCUGCCACAGCUGUCACAUGCAGCGACUCAAUGCCCGACAGCCUCCUGCCAAAUAUAUCUGAGCUGGAGUCACUGCUGCUGCCAUCCUCACAGUUGACAACUCCUCUGGCUAGUGGGCUCCUCCGAGACCAGCUGAGGCAAGCAGUGUGCUCUGCAGUGCUGGCAGAAGAGUCCUCUCAGGAGAGCCCCAAAGGGCCAGAGACCCAAAGAUCCCAACAUUCCAAAUGGACUUCGGGGGAGGAAGCUGCUCACGUCCUGGUGGGGUGGCCGGCCCUGUUGUGUGUGCAGUGGGCAGGCUCCAGGACUUUCCGAACAUCGGAUCCCGGUCCCUGUCUCUAGUGAAUGUUUGUGCAUAUGUGAUGUUCUGUCCCUGGGUGACAGGAGAAGAGGAUGUCAUGAGUACUUCACUCCCUUGUACCCCACGCAUGGUAUCAGACCUAAGGCCAGCCAGGUGUUCACCACUGUGUCCUCUCUCCGUACCUAAAUGAGAAAGAGGAAACCCUGGCCUUUUUAAAGGAGUCAUUUCUGUUCCUCUCUAAGGAUACGAAAGCUCCUCCUCUCUCUGCUGGGAAUGAGGACCAGCUCUAGGUGAGCCUCGACCCAUAUUGCCUGUUUCUCAGGGACUCAUAGGCCUGGGGAGGCUGAUGGGGGCCUGUCCUUGGUUGCUCUUCUUAGCUGGGGAGGUGGCAAGUGGCCUGUGUGGGUGUGGACUUGCUGGGUAGUGUGACUAGGGAGCUUCAGGCCACCUCACUCCCAUGUAGGUACACUGAGGCCCACACCAGUAUGGGUCUACAAGGGUGUGUAAGUGUGGCGGUGUGCAUGCGCACGCACACAUACACUGUCACCCCCUUCCUCUCAGGUCACUCUUACACUUGGUUCCCUAGUAGUAGUUUACCACUCUAGACUGGCCACCUUUCAGUGGAAUUCCAGAUUAUAUCCACUGCAGCUCCUGAACUCAGGUUUAGGGGCGCUAGGAGGAGCAAGACACUUUGCUUCCAGUCAGUUUGACUGAAACUUGAAUUCACCUAAAGCUACAUUUCUUCAAAACCAGUUCACUGCAAACUUGUUUGCUCAAAGUUCAGUUCUCUUAAUGACCAAUUUGACAAAAGCUCAGUUCCCUCUUAGGGUACUUUUAUUUAUAUUCAUUUAGGUAUUCUGUUCCUUUCUGUCACACUCUGAGUAUUUCAAGGAUUUAUAUCUAUUCAUCUAAGAGUUAUCAGUAAUACAGAUUUAUCAAAUUUGCAGCACUUUGUAAAUGUAAGAUUGCUUCCAACCUUUAUGUAUGUUUCUGUUAUCUACUUUUCAAACACUUUUUUAAAAGUUUAAAGUUUCUAGCAAUAAAUACAAUUGGUACAAA